AUGCCCAAAACGUUAAUUAUAGUGAUUUUGGAUGAGAGCGGAAGUAUGGGAACCAAGAAAAGCGUUGAGUUGGAUAACGUGCCGGAGCUGACGGCUCACAACUACCUGCCGGGAGGUAUGACAGCCCUAUACGACGCCAUAGCAGAGGGCGUACGACUGGCCGAUAGGGACAAGACUAACGACGAACGGGUGAUAUGUGUGAUAAUGACCGACGGAGAGGAGAACUCGUCCCGCGAGACGACCAAAGAGCAGGUCCGACACAUUAUCUCCGGUUACGAAGCGAAGGGCGACUGGACUUUCGUCUACAUCGGCGAGAAUCCCGAGCGCUGGAGUCGUGACGCCGGGAUGUCGGCCACCAAUGCUAUCAAUUAUGAUCACAUCAAUACCAGAAAUAACUACACAAACGCCACGUCAGCCGUCUCUCAGUUCCGCAAAUCGCUGUCAAAACAGAGCACUAAUCUCUUCUCAAAGGACUGAUCCAAAGAGAGAGAGAGAGAGAGAGAGAGAGAGAGAGAGUUCACUUGUCAAUCAUAUGUUAAUCAUUUUUCUAUUACCUCUCGAUAAAUAAAAUAUUGUCUAUAAUUUGUAUUUAAAUUUUGAGAUUAAUUAUUAUGUAAAUAUUAAUUAUUAUAUACAGUACUUUAGUGUCCAUUACUGUAAAUGGUUUACUUAUAUUUGAAAAUAUAUAUUUAAAACAUUUAAUAAAUAUUUAAAACAUUUACAGUAUAUUUAAAUACUUAUUUUUAGUCAUACAUUUAUUUAUCAUUAAUUUGAAAUACUGUAGAUGUG